AUGGCUCCUCAAACAGAAUUCGUUUCAAAAACUCAACACUAUUUGAAAGUGAAAAAACCCAUGUUGGAACGUCAACGUCGUGCACGCAUGAACAAGUGCUUAGAUACUCUUAAAGAAUUGAUUGCUGAAUUUCAAGGCAACGAUGCCAUUUUACGCAUGGACAAAGCUGAGAUGCUGGAAUCUGCUUUGGAAUUUAUGAAAGUGGAAUGCAAAAAACCCAUACAACCCAUUUCAAAAAUUGCUGUUGCACCCAUGGAUUCCUUUCGUAAUGGCUAUAUGAAUGCUGUCAAUGAAGUAUCACGUGUUAUGGCUGGUACUCCUGGUAUGAGCGUCAAUAUGGGUAAAGCUGUUAUGACACAUUUGGGCUCAGAGUUCAAUCGUCUUUUGCAUACACAACAAGUGCCUCAAAUUAAUACACAAUUACCCAGCUCCAAUUCAUCAGUUAGCAGCAGUAAAGCACCUUUAAGUCCUGCUUCUUCUGGUUAUUGCAGUGAUUCCGAAGAUCGUCAAUCAGUAGCUUCACCCGCUGCCGCCCAAACCAUGUGGCGUCCUUGGUAAUUCUUCAAAGACUUCUUCUUAACUACAAAAUUUCAGUUAGUUAAUUGUAACUUCAGCUUUAAUCGAUGCAACCAUCGUCUUCCUAACUACAACUCUUUAUGGGUUACUCCUGUGAUAGAUCAGCUUUAUA